GAUCCUACGCGUCCUUAGACGGACUGCUUCGAUCCAUUCACAGAAAGUGCUGUGGUGCGAGAGUAAAUGCAUGGACACCGACCCGUACAGACAGCCCACACGGCACUGCCUACUACCACCGCACCUCGACCGACUGACGAAAACUGCCGCAUACAGAGCAAAACGGAAGAGCGCAUAUUUUUUUUAUGUCGGUAUUCGUACUUCAACUCAUGGUCUUCAACUUUGUUAAUGGUUGGUGAGAACAUUACUUGCUCCGAAAAAUAACAUAGUGGGUAGGACAUCGUCUCGUUCGGUCACAUUCCACCAGAAAAGACUCUCACCGAGUGUCACAUUGGCAGAUCGCUUCGCCUGCUUUGAUGUCCGAAAAAAGAAAAAUACCCAUCGGAACGGGAACAAAAAAUGCAUUUUUAGGAGUUAGAAAGUGAUUUCUAACAUUGUGAUGUUGAGUGCAAUUUUAUUAUGUUGAUAACAUGAAUGGUGUGCAAUCGCGUGUGUAAGAAUCGCUCGAAAAAAGUAGCUAGUGGAGAAGAAGUUUCCGGAGCGCAGCAGAAGACAAGUGCGUAAAUCAUGUCAAUAGAUUUGGUGAAAAAUCGAGAAUCCCUGGUGAAAGCCUGGACGACGGUGGUUGACACGAAGAGCUCCACGAAUUGGGCCCUGUUUUCGUACGAGGGCCACACCAAUGUGCUCAAAUUGCAGGAAACCGGCGAGGAUGGGUUAUCCGAACUGGCCGCCGAGUUCAACUCGGGCAAGAUUCAAUACGGGUUCGUACGGGUGGAUAACAAGGAGACUGGAAUUGCAAAGUUUGUGUUCAUCAAUUGGCAGGGUGAAGGGGCGCCUACUGCUCGCAAAGGCACUUGUGCCAAACAUGUAAGGGACGUGACGAACUUGUUACAUGGGGCGCACAUCACCAUCCAUGCCACCAACGAAGACGAUGUCGAGGAAGCGCUGGUGCUAGAAAAGCUGCAGAAAGUAAUCGUCAACGAUUUCAAGGUCAAAGAUUACUCACAGGCCAACGGCCAACCACGUGUUUUAACUCUGACCAAAAUGUGGAACUCAGGCGCAACUGAUGUUCAGAAACCCGUUGGUACCAACUACAGUCGAGUCAUUCCAACGAAAGAGAUCAACCCUGCCGAGCGGGAUGAGUUCUGGCGAAAGGAAGAGGAGGAGGAGAAGCAUCGACUGCAGCUGGAAUAUGAUCGAAAGCUACAGGAAAAUGUGAAACUUGAGGAGGAACGACGUCGUCGCGAGGAACGUGAGUUCGAAAAACGGGAAGCUGCGCUGGAAGCUCCACAGAGUCCCGAUAAAAGCUAUGAUCGACAGACUUCGGAAAGUUCCAAGACGGAACGGGAUCGUGAAAUUAAGCAGAUCGUUGAAGCCAGCGGAAAGGUCAGCUCAGCCAAGGCUCGCUUUUUGAACAGUGCUCUGAGUCCGAUACACAUCCAGCAAACGGUAGCUCCGGAAUUGAUCAUGUCGCCCGAUUCGUCCAACGAAGAAACUAGCUUGAUCAAUGAACUGAAAGCGGAGGUAGAAGCCGAACAGAACGGUGGACAGAAUGGGACAACGGCGGAACCGGCGGCACAGGAAUUUUUCGAUCCAAACGCGACCAUCGACUUGUCGGACGAGGACAACAUGAUCAAAGCGCGAGCUCUGUACGAUUACCAGGCUGCGGACGAAUCGGAGAUCAGCUUCGAUCCCGGCGAUAUCAUCACGCACAUUGAUCAGAUCGACGAAGGCUGGUGGCAAGGUUUGGCUCCGGACGGAACGUACGGACUUUUCCCAGCCAACUAUGUCGAAUUGAUCUAAUCACAUCUAAGCACUCUCGGAAAGGAUUUGAAGUGUUCGAAUAAGUCAUCACAACAACCACGUGCUUCGUCAUUUCGUGUAUUAGAUUAGCAUUGCCAAACCUGACUACUGAGUUGUAUUUUUUAUUCAUUAACCAUCAAAGUAUUGGAUUAUUCAUAUUCGAUUAUUUCCCGUGGCAAUCGGAGAGGAUACCCAUUAACAUCACAUUAUAUAGGGCAGCAAUGUUCGAAUUUGAUUCGUUCGUAACUUACACAUUAAUGAUUGCAAUGUAGCAAGGAGUAAAGACAAUUUAUCAUUAUCAUACAUGUUUUACAACCCCGAUAGGAACGAGAUCCUAGAUUUAACUGUUGUUACUAGAUAAACUUUAAAAUUCUACUACACCGCAAAGAAUAAUAAAAAAACCUUUUUCUCUUAUGCGACACGAGAAUUAGUAUUCAA